AUCGCUCAGUCUGUCGAAGAGUGCCGAACAGUAUGGCCGCUAAGAAAUCGCAGUGUUUUUCCUCCCACUGAAGAAGUCAUCCUCGUAACAAGAAAAAAUACCCAAAAAGUGCCAUUUUUGCGUGAAAAUCGCCCCAAUUUGCCGUGUGUGUGGUGCAGAAGGAUUGCAUCGGUGUGGGAUUGUGCAAGAAAUCACGUAAAUUCGAAACUGCCAAAAUGACCUCAAAAAUCGACAUAGGACGAUAUGUGGUGUCCCCAAUGGGGAUCUACUGUUUCCUGCUUGCUGUUGCAGUGGCAAAUGGGCAGCUGGCAGAGAAGCUAACAUCACAGAAUCCGUGUGUUAGCAAAACAACAUGCCAUGAAUGCAUCCAAACCAAGAGUUGUGCAUGGUGCCUGCAACCUCAGGCGGAAUAUGGGGAUCUUCCGCGAUGUUUCCAGCCAAGCUAUGGUGUUGGGGACUCACGCUGCCCCGAGGAGUAUACGUACAAUCCCGACAAUGAGAUGAUCCCCCUGCUGAAUAUGGAGCUAACGAGGAGAGUAAGUGGAGCAGCUGCAGAAGGUGGUGGUGGAGCUGCAGCUAGUGGGUACAGUGCCAGUGGUUACAGUGCAAGUGGGAGCUCCUAUUCUUCCAUGUCGUCUUCUUCAUCACACUACGGAAGUUCUAGUUCCAGUAGUGGGAGUACCUACGGGUUUGGAGCAGCCUCCGGGGGAAUUGUUCAAAUUAGCCCACAGAGAGUGAAGCUAAAGUUGCGAAUAAACGAAGAAUAUCACCUCAAUAUGAGAUACUCUCAGGCCGAAGACUACCCAAUUGAUCUCUACUACCUCAUGGACUUGUCCAAAUCAAUGGAAGAUGACAAACACAGUCUCUCGUAUCUUGGAAACUCCCUCUCGGAGACAAUGAGGAAUAUCACAUCGAAUUUCCGCCUUGGAUUUGGAUCGUUUGUUGAUAAAGUUCUCAUGCCGUAUGUUUCAACGGUACCCAAGAAAUUGGAGCAUCCAUGUGACGGAUGUGAAGCACCGUAUGGUUUUAAAAAUCACAUGGCACUCAGUAUGGAUACAAUGAAUUUUUCCAAAGAAGUAUCGGAAGCGAGUGUUUCGGGUAAUUUAGACGCUCCUGAGGGUGGAUUUGAUGCCAUUAUGCAAGCCAUUGCGUGCAGGGAUGAAGUUGGUUGGCGUGAACAUGCACGACGAUUGCUCGUCUUCUCCACUGAUGCUGGAUUCCACUAUGCUGGCGAUGGGAAACUCGGUGGGGUUAUUACGCCAAAUGAUGGGGAAUGCCAUUUGGAUAAAAAUGGUCACUACACGCACUCGAAAAUUCAAGAUUAUCCCAGCAUUUCGCAGAUUAAUCUCAAAGUCAAGCAAAAUGCGAUUAAUGUUAUUUUUGCCGUGACAAAGCAACAAAUUGAGGUGUACAAGAAGCUUUCGGAGCACAUUGAGGGAUCAUCAGCUGCGGAGCUUUCAUCUAAUUCCUCCAAUGUUGUUCAAUUGGUCGAAGAGGAGUACAAUAAAAUUUCAUCGUCAGUUGUGAUGAAGGACAAUGCUACGAGUGCCGUAAAGAUCACCUACUACUCCUCAUGCCUUGAGGGUGGAAAAAUGGUGCAGACCAAUAAAUGUGAUGGACUCAAAGUUGGUGAUAUGGUGGAGUUCCGUGCCAAUAUUCUUGUGCAAACUUGCCCACAAAAUCCCCGGGAUUGGUUCCAAACAUUCCAGAUUUAUCCAGUUGGCAUCAAUGAGAGCUUAAUUGUUGACCUCCAAAUGCUCUGCGAUUGCGAAUGUGAACAUCCUGAUCAUCGUGGCUAUGUCUCAAAUGCAGCUGAAUGCAACUACCACGGUACCCUCAAGUGUGGCAUUUGCGAAUGCUACGAUCAGUAUUUCGGAAGGAAUUGCGAAUGUGGUAUGCUGGAUAUUCACAGUGAGAUCGAGAGAGAUCGUGCCUGUCGUCCGGAUAAUACAACAAUUGAUUGCAGUGGCCGUGGGGCGUGCGUCUGUGGGGUGUGUGAGUGCGAGAAGCGUCCAAAUCCGGAGGAAGUGAUCUCAGGAACGUACUGUGAGUGUGACAACUUCUCCUGCGAUCGUCACAAUGGGCUCCUUUGCUCAGGCCCGGAUCAUGGUGUUUGCCAAUGUGGGGUGUGUCACUGCUUGGAGGGAUGGACGGGAACAGCAUGCGAUUGCAGGGCAUCCAAUGAUACCUGCAUCAAUCCACAUGAUGGGGAAAUUUGCUCCGGGAACGGGGAGUGCGUAUGUGGUACGUGCAAUUGCAAAAUAACCGACGAAGGACGAUAUUCUGGGCGGUACUGCGAGAAGUGCCCCACAUGCUCGGGGCGUUGUCACGAAUUCAAGGAUUGCGUGCAGUGUCAGGUGUACCAAACGGGACCAAUGGGUGAUGAUAAGGAUCUCUGCAUGCAAAAUUGCACACUCUUCACGCCAAUCACGGAGGAAGUUGUCACAGCGGAUGAGACAAAGGAUGAAGUGUUGUGUACGUUCUACGAUGAGGAUGACUGUCGCUUCCAGUUUGUCUAUACAGAUCGCGAUGAUGACAAGGUUGUCGUGAGGGCGCAAGAAGAGCGCGAAUGUCCACCAAAAGUGUUCAUGUUGGGUGUUGUUUUGGGAGUCAUAGCGGCCAUUGUGCUUAUUGGGCUCGCCAUCCUUUUGCUGUGGAAGCUCCUUACAACGAUAAAUGAUCGUCGGGAGUUUGCGAGAUUCGAGAAAGAGCGGAUGAUGGCUAAAUGGGAUACGGGCGAGAAUCCUAUUUACAAACAAGCAACGUCCACCUUCAAGAAUCCAACGUAUGCUGGAAAAUAAAAGCCACAAAGUCAACCUUAAUAAAAAAAAGUGGAGCAAUUUAAAACAAAAAAAAAGUCACAAUGAUGGAGUGAAAAAAUAUUUUAUUUUGGAAAGUAAUUUACCAAAGGAUGUUGUUUCUGUUGUAUAGGAAGAAGAAAAAUGUUUAAGUGCUCUUUUUUUUUAAUCUUUAACAAGUAACUCAAUGUGCCGAAAAUCAAAAAGAAAAAAAAAGUACUUUAGGGGGGAAGAAAACAAGCGAAAAAAGCUUCCAGAUUUUCUUUAAAAAAUCAAAUUUUCUCUUCUCUUUGGAGUUUACUCCAGGAAAAAGAAAAGGAUAAAUCAAGUGCUUAAAAAUCGAAUAAGGAAACGACAAAGAAAAUGUGCCUAAUUUUUUCUCAUUUUUUUUAAAUUCUAUUUUACGUGUGUGUGUACUUAUAAAAACAAAACAAAAAAUUCUAAUAAAUAAUAAAUAUGGGGCCUUUCGAAGUUUUGUCACAUUUUUAUAUACACAUUGUGCACCAAAAGUCAUUCAUACAAUAUAUUGCCUUAAUCACAGGCUCGAGAUUUUCUUCUUUUCUUCUUGGAAAAGAUAUUUUUUUUCAUUAACAAAAACGCACUAAAAGAAACUUAAGGCAAAACUUUUACCUUUUACCGUAAAAUGUCUUUUUCAAACACUUUUUCCAGCGAAAUAAAAAUAAUUUAUUUACAUUGCGCGUAAUGAGAAAAAAGAAAUUAAUUAAAUUAAAAUGAAAUACUUAUAUCGAUAGCAAUAACUAGAGAAUAACAAGUGCAUUAAUUAAUAUUAUGUAAUAUUUAAUUAAAAAAAGAAAAGAAAAGAAAAAGAUAUAGAUGAUAGAAGUAUUUUAGAUAUGUGUCUAGAAAUGUUUCAAAUGAGAAUUUAUUAAUGUAUUUUUUAAAUUUUUUUUGUAACUGAUAUUUUUGGUUCUGACAGUAAUAUUUUUUUUUCGUUUUUAGUAAUGUGAAACUGUAGAAAAAAAAAUGAGAAAAAAAAGAAUUUAGAAUAUUUCUUAAAACGGAAUAACAAACUAAUUUUAAUAGACUGUUAAGUUCACUAAAGAAAUUGUAUAAAAAAAAAUCGAUUAAUCGUGUUCUUUCGAUUCAUAUUUUUUAGCUCUAUUUUGCGAAAGUAAAUUUACAAAAAAUAAAAAAUGUAAUAUUACGAUGAAAA